ACUUUUUUUUUCUCUUACAGAUAAAUCAGGCCGUUUACACUGCACAGAAAUGGAGGUUAUUGAAUCACUAGGGAUUAUUAUAUAUAAAGCCCUGGACUAUGGUUUGAAGGAAAAUGAAGAGAGGGAAUUAAGUCCUCCACUGGAACAGCUUAUUGACUACAUGACUAAUGCCACAGAAACAGAUGGGAGUAGGGAUGAAGGAUAUGAUGCCCUGGAUGAAGGAGUGGAGGAUGAUGAUGACAAAGAGGAAGUUGAGGCCAUUCACUCCUAUAAAGAUGUCAUGAAGCUGUGUGCUGCCCACCUGCCAACCCGAUCAGAGGCACCCAACCACUAUCAAGCAGUGUGUCGGGCUCUGUUUGCCGAAACAAUGGAACUCUACACUUUCCUGGCCAAAAUUAAAAGUGCAAAAGAGAACCUGAAGAAGAUUCAGGAAAUGGACAAAGAGGCAAGUGAUGAAUCCAGCACAGAUCUUGAUGAACUGAAAAAUGCUGACUGGGCCCGUUUUUGGGUGCAAGUGAUGAGAGAUUUACGGAAUGGUGUUAAACUUAAGAAAGUUCAAGAGCGUCAGUACAACCCACUCCCCAUAGAAUAUCAGCUCACACCCUAUGAGAUGCUGAUGGAUGAUAUUAGAUCCAAACGCUAUACCUUAAGGAAGGUCAUGGUCAAUGGUGACAUCCCACCUCGAUUAAAAAAGAGUGCCCAUGAAAUAAUCCUGGAUUUCAUCAGAUCGCGACCUCCAUUAAAUCCUGCGUCGGCAAGGAAACUGAAACCAACCCCACCACGGCCCCGCAGCCUCCAUGAAAGGAUCCUGGAGGAGAUCAAGGCAGAGAGGAAGUUACGUCCAGUCUCCCCUGAUGAGAUAAGGCGUAGCAGGCUGGCAAUGCGGCCACUUAGCAUGUCUUACAGUUUUGACUUGUCAGAUGUACCGACACCAGAGGCUGGAAGAAAAUUAGUGGAUGCCUCUGUAGUGAACGGUGGCCCGGCACCACAAGGAAAGCAGAACGGGGCCACACAAGUGGCAGUGCAACGCAAGAGACUCCUUAAGGCUCCCACGUUGGCUGAACUUGACAGCUCAGAUUCAGAGGAGGAAUCCAUGCACAAAUCAGGAAGCAGCAGCAGCAUCUCCCCCUCACAAGUGGAAGACCCCUCUCAAGAAGGCACCAGCAGCAGAAAGAUGCCUCCAAAGUUCUUGCCCAUAUCGUCUACGCCGCAGCCCGAGAGACGGCAGCCGCCUCAGAGAAGACACUCCAUCGAAAAGGAAACACCAACCAAUGUGAGACAGUUCCUACCCCCUUCAAAACAGAGCUCCAGGUCACUUGAGGAGUUCUGUUACCCUGUGGAAUGUCUGGCUCUGACAGUGGAGGAGGUCAUGCACAUCCGUCAGGUGCUUGUGAAGGCGGAGCUGGAGAAGUACCAGCAAUAUAAAGAUGUCUACACUGCUCUCAAGAAAGGAAAGCUCUGCUUUUGCUGUCGAACAAGAAGAUUUUCUUUCUUUACCUGGUCUUACACUUGUCAGUUCUGCAAGAGGCCUGUAUGCUCACAGUGUUGCAAAAAAAUGCGGCUGCCAUCAAAGCCAUAUUCCACCCUCCCCAUCUUCUCCCUGGGACCUUCAACCUUGCAAAAGGGAGAAAGCUUCAUGAGGCCAGAGAAGCCCUCUACCAGUCACCACCAUUCCCUGCGGAGCAGGUUGACCUCAAGGUCCAAGUCUGUGGAUAAGUCACACGAAGAGUUUCCCAAAGAAUUAAUGGAGGACUGGAGCACAAUGGAGGUUUGCGUGGACUGCAAGAAGUUCAUCUCAGAAAUCAUCAACUCAAGCCGGCGCAGCCUGUCUCUGGCCAACAAGCGAGCCAGGUUAAAAAGGAAAACGCAGUCCUUCUACAUGUCAUCACCAGGAACCUCGGAGUACUGCCCCUCAGAAAGGACGAUCAACGAGAUCUGAGCCGUGUGCCUUCUGCUUUGCUUCCGUCUCCAUGAGGUCAUCAUCCAUGAGCGAGGUCACUGGAACCGGAUUGUCACCCAUUGCUUCGUUCCACUUGACUGGCUUGGGUUUGCAUUCCAUCACAGGAUUUCCUACUCCAGCAGUUCCCAGAGACACAGAGCGCUGUGUUUGGAUCUGUGUAGGGUGAUACACGACGGGUCAGCUGCUCACGCUCGGAGAAAAUCAAUAGUUUGAAAUUGUUGCCUCUUUUGUAUGUGUGCGUCGAAAUGAGAAAGGCUUUUCUUGCUUUCAGUCUUUUUUUAACCAUGCUUUGAAUCAUUUUUCAGGAGAGGAGCUGAGAGCAGCUGUGUGAUGGAGAGCCAGGUCUAGCACAGUGUCAGUGUUAGCGCAGUAGCAAGCAGUAGGUCCUGCUGCAUUCCCACCCUCGGAAUGCUGACGCCCUUGCUGAGGCAGCCAAGGGCCGUGUCACUCACCAGCGUGAGCAGCUCCGGUCAAAUCCAUCUUCCUUUGAGCCAUUUUGGUUGCUCUGAGAUCAGGGUUCAGCACGGGACUCUACAGUGUCCUGGGGCAAAGCAGGUGACAAAGCAGGUGACAAAGCUCCUCGCCCGUGUGGUCGGUUAUACCCCUGAGCUGCUGUACUUCUUAAGCCUUAGUGUCCUUCUGAGUGACUCCUGAGCAGGUUUUAGUAGUUUACUUUCUAUCUUGAAUGUAUGAUAAUGACUACUAGUAGCAGUGAAUUUUAGUAGUAGACAAAGUUGUACAGUUUAUGGGGAGGACGGGAAAUAAGGGAGGCUUCUAAUUUUAACUGAAUACCUGUAACUUUGUUCUCGUGGUUACUCAGAGAAAGCAGUGAGCAAGGUGUAAAUUUGUAUUAUAAUGGAGCACACAGAUACUGCUAUAGUUCUGUCUGACAGCAUAUCCACUAGUAACCCCAUUUUUUCUGGGGUUUGUAACUUGGCUGUAAAAAUUCGUGUUCUGCUGAAAUUUGGGACGGUGCUCUCUCAGAUUGGGAGCGAUCUCUCUUUUUUUUCUGUAAUCUUUUUUUCAUUCUUUCCCCCCUUUUAAUUCACUCACAAGGGAGUGCUAGACUAAUUGUUUAGAAGUUCCAACAAUUUUACAUUAACUGACAUCUCAUGCUUUUUUGCACUUUUUUUGAUAUUCAAAAUACUUUUUUUUUUUAAUUCAGUCAUAGCCAGAGUUUAGUCAAUAAUUUGGGCCAGAUCUUUUUGGUAUUUAAAAACAAGCUAACAUAGCCAAGUUAUUAAUACUUGAAAAUCAACUACUGUAACUUUUUUCAUAAAUUUUUUAAUACCCUGAGGCAUAUUUAAUAUCUAUAUAGCAGUGUAUUAUAGAAUGACAUAGCAGAAAAGUUUCAGAUCUAUUUAUUAACAUUUCUAUACUUCGAGUUAAUGAGAGAUACCUCAGAACUGCUCCAAAGUAGCUGGGACUGGACUUCCAUAACAUAAUUUUAAAAGUGAAUUAACCAAAACAGCUUCCUCUGUCCAAGAGACAGACUGCCCCUCUGGCCCUGGCAAGGCACAGUGCCCAGGCUGAGAGGCACCAGGGCUGCUUGGCUCCCAUUUGGCAGCCUUUGGAGCAGCCAUCCAUAUCGUUUCUUUUAGGCUGAUUUGAAAAGCACAUGCAAAAGUCUCUGUAAACCUUCCCAGGGAGUCAGCCAUCCUUAUUUUUUGUUAAAAGGCCCCUUGAAAAAUGAGAAUUUUUGCAUAUGUAGGGUUUAUUGAAAUAGUUUCGAUUUUUUUUCUGAACCAAUGUGAACAGGAAAAGCAGGGCUCAGUGCUAACUCUCCCUCCUUGCUGUCCCGUGUAAGGUCAGGUGUCACAGCCCUCUCCUCAUGGUACUUCUGGAAAAGUGUCUAGCCUGUUCAGGCACCUGGAGUACUGGCAUGAGAUAGGGAUGUGGGAUUGCAGGGGAGCAGCACAGGCUGGCUGGUGGGAAAGGUUCUGCUGUUGCUGGAAGGGUCUCCCGAUCUCAGUCACAUCAGCACUUUUUCUUGUUUCUGUGCCAAAACCAGGCCGUGUGUUUGCUGCACAGUGCACCAGGGAAACCAGAGGGAAACAAAUGCAGGAAAUCUCACUUUGCAUCUGCCCUGUUGUUGUCAUGAUUUUUUCAUGGAGAUGCCCUGGCCAUGUUACAGUCACACAGUCCUCUGCUCACAGUCUGCUUCCCUGGUGUCCUCACGCCACCGAGGUGCAGAGCAUCCAGCACAUUUAUUUUCCUCUUGGAGAGGAAUUUGGGAUGUUGUAGAGCAGGCAGGAUGAAGGACUAAGUAACUCCUGAGUCUACAAAGGCAAACAAGUCCUUCAUAGGUGUGCCCUGCUCCACUCUGGCAGUGUCUAGGGGUGGCUCUGGGGCAGUGACAGAGCCCUGUGAUCCGGCCUGUGCCUUCCCAGAAUUCCCACAAGUCCUUGGCUCAGGGCAGGCUCUGCUGUGCUGGGCAGGGAACAAACACUGAAAAACAAUGCAGUGGUUGUACAGAUGGCUCCCUGUAGCUCACAAAAAGCUGCCAUGGGCCAGGGCCUGGAUAACCUCUCUUUUUCCCUGGAAAAAACCCUCCAAGCUGCUGACACAUGCUGUGGCAGGCUCCAGAAGACAUGGUGUGAAGGGCUGCCGCUCCUCCUCGCUCCAUCCCUUCCUCCCUGGCACAGCUGCUCCGUCUUUUCCUGGCAUUUCAUUCCGCAAGAGGAGAAGCAGCGGGUUGGUUCAUCGUGGAAAGCCUAAAGGAGCUCAGCUCGCUGGUUGCCUGGCUCUGCAGAGUGGGCUAUUUUUAGCUUUCCAUCUCCUCCCUGCCUGCACCAGCAUCCCAAAUCCACUGCAGCCAUUGGCCCAGCACCCCGUGGUGCUGCCCAGCAUGUCCUAGUUACGGGCUGAACAUCACGUCAGCAUCGGAGGGGGAAAUCAGAAGCUUGUAAAUAUCUGUAAUAUAUUUAUUAAUAUUUAGGGAAGUCUCCAUCAAUCAUGCAAUGGGAAUUGACUUUCCCAUGAUGUUCUAAAAAGAAAAUGAGUCUUAUUUAUAUGUGUGUUGGCUGUUAUCUUUUAUUAGAGUUAAUGCUUUCAGCCCCCUAAUACAGUUUGCACAUCUUAGAGAGAAUUACUGCUGAAAAGAACACGGCAGUAGCACAGUGAACUCCGUUCCAUGAAUUUUAAAAUUAUUUUCUUCUGGGUUUUUUUAGCUUUAUUAGUAUGCCCAAGGUCUGUCAAAAUAUGUCAUAGGAGACCCAAGGAGCUAAAAAUGCCUCUGGCAGCAUCAGUCUUGUUUUGUAUGUGAACCUGGUUGUGGGGAAUGCAAAACCAGCUCUGCCUCACAGCACUGAUGGAAGAUGUGAGCAGGCUUUUGCUACAGCUCUCAGACCUGACCUUUCAAGUGUUCAUGGUGACAGUAGUGUUUUGAGGGGUUGUUGGGUUUUUUUUCCCCUUUCUCCAUUACUUCCUUUAUACAGGGAGGGGUGUUACCUGGUAAAAAUAAAAUGCCUUUCCAUUAUAACCCUUGUCUGUGUUAAUUAUUCAUGGGGAAACUGAUUUAAAGGUUCUGUCUCUCUCUCUUUCAUGCUUUUAUAGUUUUGUAAGAUCAGUCAGAUGUUUCUUUUGGCAAAGAAUUGUUAACAAAAAUGAUUGCAUAACAGCUGAACACUGUCUGGGCUGCAUGAAGGGAUGAAAACCUGUCGAAGUACCCUUAGAAUAGCAAUAAAAACUGCUUGUGUAACCCCAGUGAUGUGAUUAGCUCCUCGUCAUCACCUGCAGCCAACUCCCUCUGUUACCAGUGUGUUGCUUCUUCCAACACUGGCAGGCUGUACCCGAGGCAGCACAUUUGUCCUGCAUGUAAUACAGGCUUUGGGAAAUGUCCAUCCCUCCCUCAUCAUUGGGAGAGAAAUGCUGACAGUCUUUCAGAGAGGUUUUUGAUGGAUUUGGUUUAGCUUUUAAACCAAAAGUGGAGAGAAUGAUAUUAUCACAACUCUUACAUCUUUCUCUUCUCUCCUGAGCAUCCCUUUUUCCCUAGUCAAGUUCAGCAUCAGCUUCCCUGGUUCAUUACUGGCUGCAUGCUCUAUAGGUUAAAACUUACUUAGAACCUCCAGCUUUAAACUCCUGAUUGCUACCUUCCUGCUUCACUUCAUCCAGAAGCUCUGCACAACUCUUAGGAAUGUCUGUCUUAGAGCUCAGUCUCAUCUGUGAAGCAGUGACAGCACACAGGCAUGAGAGAAAGGUGCUGCAACUCUACACUGGUGCUACAGCACAUGGAUUAUGUUCAUGUUACCAGAAAAUUUUAUACUGUUGCCAUGUUGAUAACUUGGAGCUGCUCUGGUUUAUUUCUUCUUUUGUGUAUGUAUAUUUUAAGGCCAGUCUGAGAAUGUUUAUGAAUACCAAUUCCAGCUGUAGAAACCUC